UGCAAGAUUCAAAAAACUGUGGACCGCUAACAAUCAUCUUAUACAUUGUUCCCAAAUUCUUUUCGAUAAACCUAUCUCAAAACCUCUUCUCUGUUCUGUCCAUUGUCUUCGCGGAUCAGAGAGUGCUUGUCUGACUCUACAGCUUCCGCGUUUUUUUAAUCAUUUUGAAAGUCUUUUGUUUGACUCUUCUCCUUUCCUUUUUACAAUUACACCACAACGGUUUUUAAAACAUAGUGGCUGAGAUUGAGGUAGAUCGCCGGAAUCUCAUUGGAGACUGCGGCGUUGAAAAGGGUGUGUGUGAACUGUUCGUUUAGUGUUUUUGUGGUGAUCUGAUUCUUGACUGGAUGUGAAAUGCAAAGAUCACGGAGAGCUCUUCUGAUUAGAACAAGAAGAGCUUCUGAGAGUGCUUCUAAUGGAAGGAACCGCCUCUACAAAGUUUCUUUGUCUCUCGUUUUCCUCAUUUGGGGGCUUCUCUUGUUAUCUACUUUAUGGAUCAGCCAUGGAAAUGGUGACCAAGGAGGGAGGUCUUUAGGCCAAGUUGAUCCAGAUGCUGUUAGUGCAAAUGAGACAGCUGAACAUGUUGAUGCACCACCACUAGACUCUACUUUUGUUCAUUCUACUCUUGAUAUACCUUCAGCCGAAAAAAUCAAAGACGUACACAUUCUAUCAAAGCAAGUAGAAGUCAAUAACACAGUCACAGGAAACCUUACAGAAAGCAAAGGAAGUGACACUGUGAAGCAAAGUGAGAUGAUUAGUAAUAACUCAGGUCCAGUGAAUGACAAAGAGACAGGGCGUCCUGUUCCGUUUGGUCUUGAUGAGUUCAAGAGCAGGGUGUCCAGCUCUAAAGACAAAUCUUUGUCUAGCCAAGUCAGCGGCGUGACUCACAGGAUGGAGCCUGGUGGCAAAGAGUACAACUACGCAGCAGCCUCGAAAGGAGCUAAAGUCUUGUCAUCUAACAAGGAAGCAAAAGGAGCUACAAGCAUCAUAACCCGGGACAAAGACAAGUACCUUCGGAACCCGUGUUCAACUGAAGAGAAGUUCGUUGUCUUAGAACUUUCAGAAGAAACGUUGGUGAACACAAUCAAGAUUGCAAAUUUCGAGCAUUACUCUUCUAAUCUCAAGGACUUUGAGAUUCUUGGAACCUUGGUUUAUCCUACUGAUGCAUGGGUUCAUCUGGGGAACUUCACAGCUUUAAACAUGAAGAACGAGCAGAACUUUACACUCGGUGAUCCACAGUGGGUGAGAUAUCUAAAGCUAAGUUUCCUAAGCCAUUACGGUUCAGAGUUUUAUUGCACCUUGAGUUUAUUAGAAGUUUAUGGAGUGGACGCUGUGGAACGAAUGCUAGAGGAUUUGAUAUCUAUCCAAGACAAAAACAUAGUGAGACCUCAAGAAGAACAAAAAGAGAAGAAGGAGAGCGAUGACGACAUGAGUAAACAAAAGGAGAAGGAAGAAGAAACCUCACCAGAGAGUGCGGUUGAAGUAUCGAAUGAGAGAAAAAAGCUGCCAGAUCUGGUGGAAGAGAUAAAACAUCAUCAACCAGGGAGCAGGAUGCCAGGGGACACGGUGUUGAAGAUAUUGAUGCAGAAGAUAAGGUCACUGGACUUGAGCUUGUCAGUGCUAGAGAGUUAUUUGGACGAAAUGAGUUCUAGAUACGGGAAGAUAUUCAAGGAGAUGGAUCAGGAGGCGAGCAAGAGAGAGGAGGAGGUGGCGAAGAUGUGGCUAGAGGUAGAUAGAAUGAAGGAGAGUGAAGAGAAGAUUAAGGAGGAAGCAAUGGAGAUGAGAGAGUGGCGAAGUAGAGUAGAGAUAGAGAUUGAGAACAGUGAGAAGGAGAAGGAGAAAUUGAAGGAGAGGUUGGAGCUAGUGUUGGAAAGAAUGGAGUGGAUGGAGAAGAAAGGCGUGGCUGUGUUCACCAUCUGUGUUGGGUUUGGGGCUAUCGCGGUUGUAGCUGUGCUUCUUGGUAAGGGUAUCGGUCGAGCAGAGAUGACUGGUAGCUUGGCUUGGCUGAUGUUGUUGAUAAGCUCUACAUUUGUUAUGUUUGUUUUGUCUCUUUGAGCUUUUCAGUUUUGUUCUAGUUUUUAUUGUAGAGGAGGUAGUUGCGUCUUUUCUUAUACCGAAUAAAAUAUUCAUCUUCAGAUGAUGAUUAGUUUUGUUGUGCUCAAA